AUGCAGAAGGUCAUUCGGCGGUCGGUUCUUGCCGGGAAUCAAGCCAAAAGAAAGGCGCGCAAAAUUGCCGCCAAAGAUCGCCAUGAACAGAUCCAAUCCAUCUUCCGCGAAAAAGUCGCUUAUCAGCGAAGCAUUCUAGAUGACGCCGCAGAAGAGCGUCGGAAUCGACGAGACGAUUGGAUGCGAGGGCCUCUGGCGGCGAAAAGAGACGUUGGGAAACGCCACGGACUAUAUGGUACCAUCUCCUCGAACAGGCUUCGAAUGCCUAGAAUCCUUGACGAAAACAAGACCAAAUAUGCCAUCGUCGCCCCUGGAGACCGAGUGUGCUUAGUGAGAGGGAAGGACCAGGGUAAAAUUGGAAAGAUUCUCAAUUACGAUGCUGAUUCGGAGACUGUUACGAUCGAAGGCCUGAAUGUUUAUGACGUGGAAUUUCCCAAGUUUGCUCUCGCAGGAGAUGGCGACAAACGUCCGUUUCGACCGUAUUCAGUGCCUGUUCCUGUCGAUGAUGUCCGCCUCGUUGUUCCUCUGCAGGAUCCUUUUACCGGCAACGUAAAGGACGUCGUGGUGAAGCAUGCGUACGGCGCUGGUCCUUUUCUCCAACGUCCCUACGGAUCUACUACUCCCAGACACACUCGCUAUAUAUCAGGACUAGAUGUCGAGAUUCCGUGGCCCGAAGCGGAAGCUCCCGACUAUGAAGACGCUCCAAUUGACACGCUACGCAUUGAAGUCGAAUCGAAGACCUACGUCCCCUCACUCCAGUCGUUCCCCAUGCCUAGUUCUCUGAUAGACGAACUGCGCAAUAAGUAUUCUAAAUUCCGGACGCGACAUGAACCUGAGUAUCUUGAGAAAAAGCAAAAGGAAGAUGCAUACCAAGCAUGGUCCAAGAGCAGAACAAUGCUUACACCCAAAGCAGAAUAUCUGCGGAAAAAGACAGAAGAAAAGCAGGCGCAGCGUGAGCUUUCAAAAGAUGAAAGUGGAAACUUGAAAUUAUCAAAAGAUACUUCCGAUUUUAUUGAGAGCUUUAUGGCAAAGAAGUUACAGGGCAUGGCGGUUAAUUCACCUCCCUCUCCUACUUGA